AGAAAAUAAGUCUGUUUUCUUUUCAUUUUCGAAGCUGGGUAAAUGGGUAGUUUUACACAAACACACUGUUGAAGACUUUAGAAAUCGCUGACCACGUGUUUCUCUCUGUUCCUUCAAGUCAAAAUGUCGAUGGAAGACUUUUUGUUUGGGAGUGAUUUGGAGGACAGCGAAGACGAAGGCAAAUCAGCAAAAGAAAGUAAAAGAGCAGAGCGAGAUGCUGAGCUAAAUGAGCUGUUUGGUGAUUCACCCAGUGAAGGGGAAGACGAAGGUGAACCAGGCGCCGAGGCGUCUGAAUCAGACCGUGAAGAGCAAGCGGAGAGUGGCGAUGAAAACGCGAAGGAAGGAACAAAUAUAGCGCAAGGAAAGAACGAGGAAGACGAGGAAGGAGACGAUGAUGAAAAUGAUGACGAAAAUGAGAAAGAAGUGACGAAAUCCAAACUCCAGUCUCAAGUGUCUUCUGCAGAUUUAUUUGGGGACGAUGAAGAGCUAUCAUCAGAUGAAGAAGAGCAUGAAGAAAAAGAAGAAAGACUUGUAGAACAACAAGAAGAACAAGUUGAGGAUGGUGAAGAUAUCGAAGCUCGAGAUGCCGAUGAAAUUCCCCAUGAAGAAGAAGAGGAAGAAGAAACAAGAAUCGAUGUCACUAUUCCAUACUGUCAAUUCUCUCUGGGCUCUGAGUUGUAUUUUGUAAAGAUGCCAAAUUUCUUGAGCAUUGAACACAAACCAUUUGACCCAGCUUUGUAUGAAGAUGAAAUGGAAGAAGAUGAGGUUUUAGAUGAAGAAGGAAGAGCCAGGCUGAAGCUUAAGGUUGAAAACACAAUCCGAUGGAGGUACAGAAAGGAUGAGGAGGGAAAUGAAAUUAAAGAAAGCAAUGCAAGAAUUGUUCGUUGGUCUGAUGGUACAACAUCAUUACUGUUGGGAGAAGUGUUUGAUGUUCACAAAAAUGAGAUUGAUGGCAACUGUAACCAUCUCUUUGUUCAGCAGGGGACUGGUCUCCAGGGCCAAGCAGUAUUUAAAGAGAAACUCACUUUCAGACCCCACUCUACAACCAGCCAGACUCACAGAAAAAUGACACUGUCUAUUGCCGACCGAGCAUCUAAAGCACAAAAGAUACGAAUACUCCCUGCAGCUGGCAUGGACCCUGAGGCACAGAGAUCAGAACUUAUCAAGAAAGAAGAUGAGAGACUCAGAGCACUAUUACGUCGUGAAAAUCAGCAGCGCAGAAUCAAGGAGAGACAUCAAGCUAAAGGGCUGAGUGCCAGCUUUCUUGAACCUGAUCGAUAUGAAGAUGAUGGAGAAGAUUUGGAACAGAGUUUGCUGGCGAUAAAGAAAAAGUACAAGAAGAAAUUAGCUGAGGGAUUUCCAAGUGAGUCAGAUGAGGCAGAAGAAAGUGAUGAAGGAGCAGGAGGCUUAGAGAGUGAGGAGGAUGAGGAGGGAAAGGACAGAUUACUUAAUGCCAAGGAAGGCGAUGACAAUGACUUGGAGGGAAGAAAGAGGACAAGCAGUGAAGGAGGAGGAUCACAGAGGAAGAAGAAGAAAAGCAGACAGAUUGUAGAGAGUGAUGAAGACAGUGACUAGCUGUUGUGUUGGUUAAGGCUCAUAAGGAAAGGAGAUGGAAAAGAAAGAGAUUUUAAAAAGUCACAGACAGUUAUUCUCUGGUUUGCCCUCAGAUUUUUUAAAGUUGGACAAGAAAAUAUAUAGCAUAGUGUGAGAGGGACCUUGUAGCAGGAGUAAAAAGAAUCACCCUCCUCUCUCAUUUCCUCCUGCUUUUUGCUUGCCCUCUAGACAAAGACCAGAGAGAAAAUUGAAAGUCUGUCUGUCAACAGAAUAGUGAUUUGAUGUCAUCUCAUCUAUCGUGGAAACCAUGAAAAGGCAUUCUUCACUGGGAAUGGAACAGGAGAAACCACAUAUUGGUUGUGCAGUGUUACUAUAAUACACCAGACGUUUGAAGUGCAGCAAGGCAAGAUAAUUCAGAGGUGGCAUUUGGAGUCAUUUGAAGGAAAUGUCAGACUCAAGAAAAUAGAAUAAAUAUCCUUUGUAAGUGACAUAGGGGAAGGCAAGCUGCUGUAGGGAUGGGCUUUCUAAGGCUUUUAAAAAUGGUAUGGAACUGAUAUUGAAGUAAAGUAUUUUACCAUAAUAAAUUUCAACAUUGUUGUUUACGGCCUUGUGUUUGCCCUCCCAAACUCAUAACCAAAUCAGUUCCAAUUUGGUUAUAUCACCUGUCCUAGCUGACUGAAGUAUGUUUUUACUUAUGAUCCAUGUUGCUUGAAUUUUGGUAUCUCAAAAAUUAAAGUUUUGGAAGGCCA